UCCCGAUAUCCAGUGUGCCCCCAAAUUUCAUUGAUUUAUUCAGAGACUAUCUGGCAAAUCUGUCUUUCCCUAAGACCAUCGCUGAGUCUUUAAUAAUAGAAGACUUAAACUUCACCACAUGGUGUAAUCCAAACUCCACGGGAGGACUGCAGUGUCAGUGUGAGGACAAAUUUGGUUGGUCAUGUGACAAGUGUACCCAAUACGGUGUAUGCAGUAAUGCCACUUCACAAACCUGUGAUUGCAUAAAAGGGCUUCCACCUGAUGGAGAAUUCUGUGAACCAAUCACAAGUAUCUCUCCAUGUCCACCACCACCUCCUGUGGACUUUGAGGUAGUCCUUGAAUUGGACAUCCCAGUAUCCAGUGUGAACCCAGAUUUCAGUGAUGUACUCAGAGACAUUCUGAGAAAUUUCUCCGUCCCCCAAAACAUCACUGGGUCUUUAAAACUAAAAGGCUUGAACUUCACCACAUGGUGCGAUCCAAACUCCACUGGAGGACUGCAGUGUCAGUGUGAGCAGCAGUUUGCGUGGUCAUGUGACAAGUGUGAUGAAUAUGGUGCAUGUAGUGAUGUCAUCUCCCAAACCUGUGGGUGCAUUAAAGGGCUUCCUCCUGGUGGGGAGUUCUGUCAACCAAUCACAAGUAUGGCUCUAUGUCCAACACUACCACCAUCAACACCACCAACACCAGCACCUUCUGUGGACUUUGAGGUAGUCCUUGAAUUGGACAUCCCAGUAUCCAGUGUGAACCCAGAUUUCAGUGAUGUACUCAGAGACAUUCUGAGAAAUUUCUCCGUCCCCCAAAACAUCACUGGGUCUUUAAAACUAAAAGGCUUGAACUUCACCACAUGGUGCGAUCCAAACUCCACUGGAGGACUGCAGUGUCAGUGUGAGCAGCAGUUUGCGUGGUCAUGUGACAAGUGUGAUGAAUAUGGUGCAUGUAGUGAUGUCAUCUCCCAAACCUGUGGGUGCAUUAAAGGGCUUCCUCCUGGUGGGGAGUUCUGUCAACCAAUCACAAGUAUGGCUCUAUGUCCAACACUACCACCAUCAACACCACCAACACCAGCACCUUCUGUGGACUUUGAGGUAGUCCUUGAAUUGGACAUCCCAGUAUCCAGUGUGAACCCAGAUUUCAGUGAUGUACUCAGAGACAUUCUGAGAAAUUUCUCCGUCCCCCAAAACAUCACUGGGUCUUUAAAACUAAAAGGCUUGAACUUCACCACAUGGUGCGAUCCAAACUCCACUGGAGGACUGCAGUGUCAGUGUGAGCAGCAGUUUGCGUGGUCAUGUGACAAGUGUGAUGAAUAUGGUGCAUGUAGUGAUGUCAUCUCCCAAACCUGUGGGUGCAUUAAAGGGCUUCCUCCUGGUGGGGAGUUCUGUCAACCAAUCACAAGUAUGGCUCUAUGUCCAACACUACCACCAUCAACACCACCAACACCAGCACCUUCUGUGGACUUUGAGGUAGUCCUUGAAUUGGACAUCCCAGUAUCCAGUGUGAACCCAGAUUUCAGUGAUGUACUCAGAGACAUUCUGAGAAAUUUCUCCGUCCCCCAAAACAUCACUGGGUCUUUAAAACUAAAAGGCUUGAACUUCACCACAUGGUGCGAUCCAAACUCCACUGGAGGACUGCAGUGUCAGUGUGAGCAGCAGUUUGCGUGGUCAUGUGACAAGUGUGAUGAAUAUGGUGCAUGUAGUGAUGUCAUCUCCCAAACCUGUGGGUGCAUUAAAGGGCUUCCUCCUGGUGGGGAGUUCUGUCAACCAAUCACAAGUAUGGCUCUAUGUCCAACACUACCACCAUCAACACCACCAACACCAGCACCUUCUGUGGACUUUGAGGUAGUCCUUGAAUUGGACAUCCCAGUAUCCAGUGUGAACCCAGAUUUCAGUGAUGUACUCAGAGACAUUCUGAGAAAUUUCUCCGUCCCCCAAAACAUCACUGGGUCUUUAAAACUAAAAGGCUUGAACUUCACCACAUGGUGCGAUCCAAACUCCACUGGAGGACUGCAGUGUCAGUGUGAGCAGCAGUUUGCGUGGUCAUGUGACAAGUGUGAUGAAUAUGGUGCAUGUAGUGAUGUCAUCUCCCAAACCUGUGGGUGCAUUAAAGGGCUUCCUCCUGGUGGGGAGUUCUGUCAACCAAUCACAAGUAUGGCUCUAUGUCCAACACUACCACCAUCAACACCACCAACACCAGCACCUUCUGUGGACUUUGAGGUAGUCCUUGAAUUGGACAUCCCAGUAUCCAGUGUGAACCCAGAUUUCAGUGAUGUACUCAGAGACAUUCUGAGAAAUUUCUCACUCCCCCAAAACAUCACUGGGUCUUUAAAACUAAAAGGCUUGAACUUCACCACAUGGUGCGAUCCAAACUCCACUGGAGGACUGCAGUGUCAGUGUGAGCAGCAGUUUGCGUGGUCAUGUGACAAGUGUGAUGAAUAUGGUGCAUGUAGUGAUGUCAUCUCCCAAACCUGUGGGUGCAUUAAAGGGCUUCCUCCUGGUGGGGAGUUCUGUCAACCAAUCACAAGUAUGGCUCUAUGUCCAACACUACCACCAUCAACACCACCAACACCAGCACCUUCUGUGGACUUUGAGGUAGUCCUUGAAUUGGACAUCCCAGUAUCCAGUGUGAACCCAGAUUUCAGUGAUGUACUCAGAGACAUUCUGAGAAAUUUCUCCCUCCCCCAAAACAUCACUGGGUCUUUAAAACUAAAAGGCUUGAACUUCACCACAUGGUGCGAUCCAAACUCCACUGGAGGACUGCAGUGUCAGUGUGAGCAGCAGUUUGCGUGGUCAUGUGACAAGUGUGAUGAAUAUGGUGCAUGUAGUGAUGUCAUCUCCCAAACCUGUGGGUGCAUUAAAGGGCUUCCUCCUGGUGGGGAGUUCUGUCAACCAAUCACAAGUAUGGCUCUAUGUCCAACACUACCACCAUCAACACCACCAACACCAGCACCUUCUGUGGACUUUGAGGUAGUCCUUGAAUUGGACAUCCCAGUAUCCAGUGUGAACCCAAAUUUCAGUGAUGUACUCAGAGACAUUCUGAGAAAUAUCUCCCUCCCCCAAAACAUCACUGGGUCUUUAAAACUAAAAGGCUUGAACUUCACCACAUGGUGCGAUCCAAACUCCACUGGAGGACUGCAGUGUCAGUGUGAGCAGCAGUUUGCGUGGUCAUGUGACAAGUGUGACAAAUAUGGUGCAUGUAGUGAUGUCAUCUCCCAAACCUGUGGGUGCAUUAAAGGGCUUCCUCCUGGUGGGGAGUUCUGUCAACCAAUCACAAGUAUGGCUCUAUGUCCAACACUACCACCAUCAACACCACCAACACCAGCACCUUCUGGUAUGACAAGCAUCUUUGUUCAUUUACUUGCAGAGCUGCAGUUCCGUCAGUCUGUAUUAUGGGAACAUUUACACACCUAA